AUGAUCAAAGGUUUUUGUCGGGUGAGCCGGCCGAGCUGGCAGCCCACGGUGGGGCUGUUGCGAGGUAAGAGCAGCCUUGCGCACGGACGCGCAGUGCCUGAGAUGAGGAAAGACGACUUUCCGUUUUCGAAGAUCACGGAUACCCAGUUCCAGCAAUGGGACAACCAGCUGCGGGAGUCGCCCUUGGCGCUGAAGGCGUUUUUUGCCCAGCACAGGCCGCUGAUGACGAUGCAGCCAGAGCCGCAAAACAGCACCGACAUUCGCGACGUUAUGUUCGUCCACGUGUGGCAGCCGAAGGGAGUUUCGCUGCAUGAGACCGGAUUCCACGUCGUCCCCCAGGAGAUCGCAUCUGAAAUGGGGCCGUUCCACGUCGCCAAGGCCGCGAACCAGAAAGCCGUUGUUCCCAGCGCCCCGGCGCCCAUGCAGCUCCAGACCCAGGUCUCGAUGACCCGCGGGCGAGGCGAUCAGGUCCACACCAUCCAAGAAACCAUUGGGCUUAUUGGCAGCAUCUUGGACCGCUAUAAUAAUCAGGGUAAGGGCCGGCUCGUCCAGGUGCCCAUGCUGGACGUAGAUGUCGUCGAGGAGUUUGAUGCCGAAGACGUUGAUGCAACCUCUGUGCGACGCAAGCGGAAGCUCAAGAUGAACCGCCACAAGUACCGCAAGCGGCUGAAGGCCCAACGCACCCAGCGCCGCCGCCUCAGCAAGUAG